AUGGCCAAGAACAAGAUUACUCAGCCGGCUACGGUAUACCCUUCACGAUCCGUCAAUCUCCUGGAGAGACUUCAUCAAACUGCCGAGCAUGCUAACGGCAAUGGCCAUUUGCCCGACCCUCAAGUCAAGCUUCAAAUCUUGAUUGUCGGUGCAGGACUUGGUGGUCUAGCCACUGCUGUCGCGCUUGCUCGCAAAGGCCACGAAGUUACCGUCUUGGAGCAAGCAGCUACCUUGGGUGAGGUUGGUGCAGGUAUCCAGAUCCCUUCGAACUCUGGCAGAUUGCUAUUGAAGUGGGGUCUCGGUCCAUAUAUCGAACAAUAUGCCGUGAAGCCAGACAGCAUGACAUUUCGCAGAUGGGCGAACGGCGAUCCGAUUGCAUAUACAAGACUCUCCCCAGACUUUGAAGACAGAUACGGAGCACCCUAUUACGUUAUCCAUCGUGCAGAUUUCCAUCGCGCCCUUUGUCGACGAGCAGAAGACCUCGGAGUAAAGAUUGUGACAGACAGCAGGGUCACCGACUACGACGAGUCAAUUCCUUCCGCCAAGACUUACGAUGGUCGUGAAUACCGAGCUGAUCUGGUAAUCGCUGCAGACGGAGUCAAGUCACAAGCUCGAUCAGUUGUUCUCGGUGGCUCAGACCUGCCACCACAAAAGACUGGUUUCGCGGCUUAUCGCGCGACAGUAAAUACAGAGGAGAUGAAGCAGGAUAAAGACACAGCCUGGUUACUCGAGAAACCCGGGAUCAAUAUCUGGAUUGGGGAAGACCGACAUGUCAUGACCUACUGUAUCGCCGGAGGCAACUCUUUCAACAUGGUUUUGUCUCAUGUAGACCAUUCGUCGCCGGAUACAUGGAACGCCGAGAAUGCGAUCCGCGAUAUGCAAGACUCGUUCAAAGACUGGGACCCAAAGCUAUUCAAGGUGAUCAAGAUGAUCAAGAGUACCCUAAAAUGGCCCCUAAUGAGCGGCAGCCGUCUCCAAACCUGGAUCUCAAGGAGUAAAAAGCUUCUGAUCCUCGGAGACGCUGCCCAUGCAAUGGUACCCUACAUGUCCCAAGGUGCCGCUAUGGCCGUAGAAGACGGCGCUGCUCUAGCCACAGCAAUCUCAAAGAUCAAGCACAAGGACCAAGUCGCAACGGCGCUGCAAGUCUUUGAGAAGGAGAGGAUGAACCGAAGUUACGGCAUGCAGUCUGCAAGCUUAGUAAAUGGGAAGCUAUGGCACUUUCCAGACGGCCCCCUGCAGCAGGCUAGGGAUCUCGGAAUGAGGGCGGAAGUGGAAGGGCGGCCAUUUGUUGAGAGCACAAAUCAGUGGAGCGACCCUGUAACUCAGAUUUGGGCCUAUGGGUAUGAUGCCGAGGAUGCCAUUGAGGAGCUCUGGCAGAGCGAGGGUGUAUAG